AUCCCCUGCACCUACUGAACACUACAUCCCGGUGCCGGACCCAAUUGCCAAAUUAGCUUCCAAAGAAUGGGCCCACCCGCUCAAAGCUCGACGCUUCAAGAACAUGGCUGACAGACUUUACGCCCUAGCCCCAGACUUCGCCACCAAGUUAGAUGUCCCUGGCAUAGAUGAACCGAUCGCUCGCCUCGUUUCACGAUCUAUCUUGCCCAGGGAAGGGGAAUCCCACCUAAAAGAUACUACUGAACGUCGAAUAGACUUCGCCCUCCGCAAGAACCACGAGGCCACUGCCCUAGCCAUGCGUGCCUCUGCCUCAGCCUCCAUCUUCUCCAGAGCAUCUAUGAUGUGGCUGGAUGACCUUCUAGAGGACGAUAACCCUGAUCCUGUCGCCUUCAAAAGAGCACUAUUGAAGUUACGUAAGACAGCAGCCUUUGUGGCCGAUGCCACUUUGGAUGCCACCCAAUUAGGGGCACGAGCCAUGACGACUCAAAUAGUCGCUCGUCGCACCCUCUGGCUUCGCCACUGGCAAGCUGAUUCAGCGGCUAGAUUGAACCUGUCCAAGGCUCCUUACUCCGGAUCUCUACUCUUCGGUGAGGAAGCUCUAAAGGCAGUUCUGGUUGAUCCAAAAGACGCCCACAAACCGGUUCUAGCCACAAUCAAGAACAUCGACCACAGGCCCCUCAGGCGAUUUCCCUCCUUUCGUUCUAACCAGCCCUUUCGAGGAACGCGACCAGGAGGACGAGGCCGCGAUUUCAGACCCUAUGAUUCCAACGCAUUCAGGGGCUCCUGGAACCGACGCCCCCAGGGCAGAGACCUACGGCUGGCUGGUCAACUUCGACAAAAGCCAUCUCCAACCAACCCAACGCCUACUACAUCUUGGGGCAAUGUUGGACACCCUGCAGGCAAUGGUCUUCCUGUCUCCAGAUCGCAUCACUGCCAUCACAAGCAUCGCAAGGUCCCUGAUGCAACAAACAUCCGCAGACGUCAUGCUUCUCGCCAGAGCGCUCGGGAUGUUUAUCUCCACAAUCCACAUUGUACCCUGGGCUCGAGCUCACACUCGGCCCCUUCAGUGGACUCUGUUGCCUUUUCAAAAAGACAUUGCCAGCUCCAACCAUCGCAAAGUUCGUUUGAGCCCCGCUCUGCGCCUCUCCUCUGCUGGGCAAAACGCAGCUCAGAGCAGGCCAUUUUGGUACGAGAGACAGCCCACAUGGAAAAAGCAAAGUACCUGCCUCAGUAUGAACAUCUACUUCAGAGCCAUUUUUCUCUUCUGCAGAGGAUGGCAAAAACCAGAUCAGCGACAGCCAUUUUAAUACAAAAAGGACAGAUUAUGAACAUCACUCCAGACUGCAACUUCCUGAAGCUGCUUGGGGCAGGAACUAAAUGUUGGGGAAACAGUUGUGUGACUGAAUGUUAUGUAUCAUUUGAUCCUGAAGCACAGUAUCACACGACUGGCAUUACCCUGCAUGCUACUCCUUAG